AUGGAAAAGAUGAUGAAACAUCAAGAGCUAACCAGCGAGAACCAUGAAGCUUCAAGGAGGAAUUUGGAAAGGCAGAUUGGCCAAUUGUCUAAGCAAACAGUGGCUGAAAGAGCACCCAAUGCAUUGCCAAUUGACACCAGUCCCAACCCCAAAGAAGAAUACAAAGCCAUCCAAUUAAGGAAUGGAAGAACUUUGGUGAAUGACAGAGAAGCCACCAAGAAGCCAACAGAGAAUGACAAGACCAGCAGUAAAGAGCAAGUGACAAUUGAAGAAAAGAACCAAGAAAGGCUCAAGGAAAAAGAGGAACUUCAAGCUUCAAAGAAGGGGAAGCAGAUUAUGGAGGAGCCAUCACAAGAACAGAAGAAGAUAGUGAAGCCUUAUACCCCUCCUCUGUCAUACCCUCAAAGAUUGCAGAAAGAAAUCAAACAUCAACAGUUCCCCAAGUUCCUAGAAGUCUUUAAGAAGUUGGAGAUCAAUAUUCCACUUGCUGAAGCUCUGGAACAAAUGUCUCUGUAUGCAAAAUUUCUCAAAGAGCUCAUCAAUAAGAAAAGGAGCUGGAAUGAGAAGGAGACAGUAAUCCUAACACAAGAAUGUAGUGCUGUCAUCCAAAGAGGUCUUCCUCCACAGCUCAAAGAUCCAGGAAGCUUCAUCCUAUCUUGCACUAUAGGCAACAGAACAUUGGACAAGGCUCUCUGUGACUUAGGAGCCAGCAUUAAUUUAAUGUCCUUCUCACUAAUGAAGAAGCUUGCAAUAGAGAAAGUCAAGCCUACCAGGAUGUCACUCCAAAUGGCUGAUAGAUUACUCAAGAUACCAAAUGGGGUUGUGGAAAAUUUAUUAGUGAAGAUUGGAGAAUUCAUUUUCCCUGCUGACUUUGUUAUCUUGGACAUGGAAGAAGAGAGACAUAGUUCAAUCAUAUUGGGAUGGCCUUUCUUAGCAACAGCAAGAGCCAUCAUUGAUGUGGAGAAAGGAGAGAUGACCAUCAGGGUGCAUGAUGAAAAGAUGAUCAUCAAUGUCUUUAAGGCCAUGCAAUAUCCUCUAGAGAAGAAAAAGCACAUGAGAGUGGAAAUGAUAGAAGAAGUGGAGGAAGAGCUAUUGGAAGAUGACAACCAGGAGGAACAAGAAGAGGAAGUAGAGUUGGAACAAGAGUUCAUAAAAGAGGAAGUAGUAGAGAUCUCCUUUGAAAGCAAGGCAGAGGAAAAACCUAAACAAGAGUUAAAGCCUCUCCCCCCUCAUCUCAAGUGUGUAUUUCUUGGAGAAGCAGAGGCCCUGCCAGUGAUCAUAAACUCCUCCUUGAACAUAGAAGAAGAAACACAGCUGAUUGAAAUGUUGAAAGCUCACAAGACUGCCUUGGGUUGGACAAUUGAUGAUAUCAAGGGCAUAAGCCCUGCCACUUACAUUGCAAACUACAAGGUUGGAAGGAAGAUUUCCCAAGAAUUCACCAAGCAACAAGUGAAAAAGCUUCUCAAUGAGACCAAGAAAUUCUUAUGGGAUGAACCAUUCUUAUUUAAGAGGUGUCCAGAUGGAAUGAUUAGGAAAUGUGUUCCUAAGAAAAUGUCAAAGAACAAUGAUUCCAUGAAGGCCUACAAAAAGGUAAAGAAGGCUGCUGUUGCUCAGAAUAUCUCGGCCAAAAUGACGGGAGAGGGCUCUUCUCAAGUUCAGGAUGAUGACGAUGUCGAGCCUCCCCCUGUGCCUUCUGUCAAAGUGUCAACUUCUACUGUUCCUCCAGGUGAGGGGCGCAGCUGGGUGGCCGGCGGUGGGGCGGUGGUCGCGGAGGCAGUGGUGGAGAGGGGAGGAGAGAGGAAGAAGGGAGAAGAAGGGAGGGGAGGGGGUUGCGGCGGCGGCGUCCNUGAGUUCCUAUAG